CGAUCUGAUGCGUUACGUCUGGCCAUUUCACAUGUUAUUACUACAAUGAAUGCUAAUCUGUAUCAAGUGCUACAUCAUAAACUUCAACAAUGCCAUGGAAAUAUACUACCAGAUGUUACUGGAGCUAAUCCGGUAGAUACAGGACUUCCAGUGUUUAAUGCUAUUUGGGUAGAAACUACAACUCAAAAAUCAGCUAUGAUACUUGAAAAGCUAGAUGGAGAUCUUAAGAACUAUAAAAGUAAUUCGAUUAAGGAAAGCAUUCGUCGUGGUCAUAAUGAAAUUGGUGACCAUUAUGUCAAUUGUGGAGACCUCAUUGAAGCAACAAAAAGUUAUUCUAAGGCUCGAGAUUAUUGUACUAGUUCCUCUCAUGUCAUAUCAAUGUGUCUUAACAUAAUAAAAGUAUGUAUCUAUCAUUAUGAGAUUAUAAAUUAAUUCUGCUGUUUCCUU